AUAUACACUACAAGCCUCUAAUAAGUCGUUCUCAAUUUCCUUGCCAAAAAUGAGCCCAUUUUGAUUCUUUGUUCGUCAAUUCUCUGCUUUGUUCACCUUCUCUUCUUCUCCCAACAUAUGAUGAUAACACUUCCACAGGGAGAGAGAAGAAGAGAAGUUCUGAACAAAGCAAAGCCCCCAUUUUCUUCAUUGAUCUGAUAAAGAGAGGAGGAGGAAUUGUAGAGGAGAUUUUGCCGAAAUGAAUGAUCUUUUCUCGGGUUCGUUCAAGAAAUACCAGGAUCUUAAGCGCCAGAUUCAUGUCGAUGACAUCGAGACCGGUGGAGGGGGCACGGGGAACGAGACCAUCGAUCUCGACAGGUUUUUUGAGGAUGUCGAGAAGGUGAAGGAUGACAUGAAGGAUGUAGAGAAGCUAUACAAGAGGUUGCAGGAAUUAAAUGAGGAGACCAAAACAGCCCAUAAUGCCAAAACCGUGAAGGAGCUCCGGUCCCGAAUGGAUUCUGAUGUUGCACAGGUCCUCAAAAAGGUCAAGGUCAUCAAGGGGAAGCUCGAAGCACUCGAUAGAUCGAACGUUGCUCACCGGAGCAUCCCUGGAUGCGGUCCUGGCUCGUCUGCUGAUCGUACCCGGACCUCGGUCGUUAGCGGGUUAGGGAAAAAACUCAAGGUCAUGAUGGAUGAAUUUCAGGCACUGAGGGCGAAAAUGACAGCCGAGUACAAAGAGACGGUCGAGAGGAGGUACUUCACGGUCACAGGGGAGAAGCCGAACGAGGACCUGAUCGAGAACUUGAUAUCAAGCGGGGAAAGUGAGACGUUCCUUCAAAAGGCGAUCCAGGACCAAGGCCGGGGACAGAUCCUGGACACGAUCUCCGAGAUCCAGGAGAGGCACGACGCGGUGAAGGAGAUCGAGAAGAACCUGAUGGAGCUCCACCAGGUGUUCCUGGACAUGGCGGCGCUGGUGGAGGCGCAGGGGCAGCAGCUGAACAACAUAGAGAGCCACGUGGCGCACGCGAGCUCGUUCGUUAGACGAGGGACUGAGCAGCUCCAGGAAGCAAGGGUGUACCAGAAGAGCUCUAGGAAAUGGACUUGCAUCGCCAUCGGACUCGGGGCUUGCGUCCUCGUCCUUAUUCUUUUCCCAGUUUUGUCGUCUGUUUUGGUUCAUGUAUUGUAGAAAACAAAAUUGGACGUUAUCAGUUACAACUAAAGAAUCUUUCCGGUGUUCCAUAACCAAACCAGAUUAUAUUUACGUGUUGAUUUUGGCACUCCACUUUUAACGCAUGCACAAAGUGAAGUGCCUGCGUACAAAAAUGGAGCGCGAAAAUCAAUUUUCUUAUUUUUUCUUCUUAAAUUCUAAUCCCUUCCGGCAAGAGUGGCUAGCAAGACAUAAAAGUAGAUGUAAAUCAUCAAUCGGGUCGUUAAUGUAAUUUUGUUCAGCAUU